GGAAGCCAGGCAGGCAGGCAGGCAGGCAGGCAGGCACCACCAGCAGCACCGGCGGCAGCACCGGGGGAGCCCCGCGGUCCGUCCGUCGGGAAAGGGCCGCCGCCGCCUGGACCACGACUAGUUGGGCGAGUUGGCGGCGGAGCGGCGGCAUGUGAGCGGCGGCGGCGGCGGCGGCGGCGCGGGACUCCCGGAGCGGCGUGGCCCCGGGGCUCCGGGCGCGGGAGUGGAGCGCGGCGCCAGGAUGCAGCGGCCGGCCGGCAGCCUCCUCCUCUGGCUCCUCGGCCUCCUCAGCGCCUCCGCCGGCACCGGCACCGUCCAGCGCGGCCCGGCGCAGCCAGUUUGUGCGGGCACAGAGAACAAGCUGAGCUCUCUGUCUGACCUCGAUCAGCAAUAUCGUGCAUUGCGCAAAUACUACGAGAACUGUGAGGUGGUCAUGGGCAACCUUGAAAUCACCAGCAUCGAACACAAUAGAGACCUCUCCUUUUUACGAUCAAUCCGAGAAGUCACAGGCUACGUCUUGGUUGCUUUGAAUCAGUUUGAGUACCUUCCGCUGGAGAAUCUCCGCAUCAUCCGUGGAACAAAACUCUAUGAGGAUCACUAUGCUUUGGCCAUCUUCCUUAAUUACAAAAAGGAUGGGAGUUAUGGACUCAGGCGCCUGGGACUGAAGAACCUGACUGAAAUCUUAAGGGGAGGAGCAUAUGUUGGUCAGAACCGAUUCCUUUGCUAUGCUGACACCAUCCAUUGGGAAGAUAUUGUCCGUAACCCAUCUGCUUCGAACUUCUCUGUGGUCCCCAAAAACAGCAGCACAGAUUGUGGCCACUGUCACAAAUCCUGUGGAAACAGAUGCUGGGGACCUUCUGUGGAUGAGUGCCAGAGCUUAACGAAGAUGGUGUGUGCCGAACAAUGUGAUGGGCGCUGCUACGGGCGCUCCGUCAGCGAGUGCUGCCACCGGGAAUGUGCGGGAGGCUGCUCUGGACCCAAGGACACGGACUGCUUUGCGUGUUUGAAUUUCAACGACAGCGGGGCUUGUGUCACACAGUGCCCCCAGACCUCGGUAUACAACCCGGCCACCUUCCAGAUGGAGACCAACCGAGACGGCAAAUACACCUACGGCGCUUUCUGUGUCAAAAAGUGCCCACAUAACUUUGUGGUUGAUAUCAGCUCUUGUGUACGAGCCUGUCCCAGCCCCAAGAUGGAAGUUGAAGAAAAUGGCAUUAAGACCUGCAAACCAUGUACAGACAUCUGCCCCAAAGCGUGUGAUGGCAUAGGUACCGGAAGUUUGAUGUACGCGCAGACGGUCGAUUCCAAUAACAUUGACCAAUUUGUCAAUUGCACCAAGAUCAAUGGGAAUCUGAUCUUUCUGGUCACUGGGAUCCAUGGAUGUUUCCAAGUCACUGUAGGAAAUCUAUCCAAUGUGUCACUCGUGCUGUUGAAUUUGAAAACGGGAGCCACGGAAGGGAUGGUGUGCAGCCGCUUGUGCUCCAAAGACGGGUGCUGGGGCCCCGGGCCAGACCAGUGUUUGUCCUGUAAGCGCUUCAUCAGAGGAAGGAGCUGUGUGGAGGCUUGCAACCUCUAUGAGGGUGAAUUCCGGGAGUUUGCAAACGGCUCAGUCUGUGUGGAGUGUGACCCCCAGUGUGAGAAGAUGGAUAAUAAUAGGAUCACAUGCAGGGGACCAGGUCCAGACCAAUGUACCAAAUGCUCCCAUUUUAAAGACGGCCCAAACUGUGUGGAGAAGUGCCCCGACGGUGUGCAAGGGACAAGCAGUUUCAUUUUCAAAUAUGCCGAUGAGAACCGCGAAUGCCACUCUUGUGAUCCGAACUGUACCCAAGGGUGCCUGGGCCCGAACUUGGAGGACUGCAUUGGUUUCAUGGAUAGGACGCCCCUGAUUGCUGCCGGAGUGAUUGGCGGACUCUUCAUCAUCGUCAUUUUUGGCUUGACGUUUGCAGUGUAUGUGAGACGCAAGAGCAUCAAAAAGAAGAGGGUUUUGCGGAGAUUCCUGGAGACAGAGCUGGUUGAACCCUUGACCCCGAGUGGGACGGCACCCAACCAGGCCCAGCUCCGGAUUCUGAAGGAAACAGAGCUCAAACGUGUUAAGGUUCUUGGAUCUGGGGCCUUUGGAACGGUGUACAAGGGUGUUUGGGUUCCUGAAGGAGAGAGCGUGAAGAUUCCUGUGGCAAUUAAAAUCCUGAAUGAGGCCACUGGUCCAAAAGCCAACGUGGAGUUCAUGGACCCUGCCAAUUUCAUCUGGCCCGGAGUGUUUGCUUCGGGAUGCCCUGAGGACCUGGCGCCAGGCUCAUGGUUGGCCGUGCUGGAGGGAGCAGAAAACAACCAGAGACUUUGUACUCCUACCCUCUAUUAUGCUCUUACAUGA